GCGAAGGAGAUGGACUUCGGAGUCGGAGAAGGGAGGUUCUGAAACGAUUUUUUUCAUGGCGAGGAACGUCAAUAAGCAAAAAUUUCUUUUCUUUUCUCGUUUCCUAAACCCUUCGAUAGUAGGUUCGAAUCGAAACUGUCGAUCAUUGGGAACGUUAGCAUACGAAGAGAUUCGUGUUACUCCAGAAAAACCAAAGGAGUCGACGGCUUUUGUUCUCCAUGGUCUCUUAGGAUCUGGGAGGAAUUGGAGAACUUUCUCCCGCAGUCUCGCCUCCAAGCUGGCUAGCCCAUCAUCUUCAGUCGGUUGGCGGAUGGUGGCUGUUGAUUUGAGGAACCAUGGAAAAUCAGCUGAGGUAAAAUGUCUAGAUCCACCUCACGACAUGGUGAAUGCUGCAAGAGAUUUGGCUAAUCUGGUGAAAUCUCGAGGUUGGGCGUGGCCUGAUGUUGUUAUAGGUCAUUCGAUGGGAGGAAAAGUUGCUUUACAAUUUGUUGAGAGCUGUGCUCGUGGAGAUUAUGGGGAAUCUGCUGCCUUGCCCAGACAGUUGUGGGUGCUGGACUCUGUCCCUGGAGAAGUUUGCCCUAGAGCAAGCGAUGGAGAAGUAGAGAAGGUUCUACAGACCCUUCAGUGUUUGCCUUCAUCUGUCCCAUCACGAAAGUGGCUUGUGGACCACAUGAUCAAGCUAGGAUUCUCCAAGUCACUGUCGGAAUGGAUUGGGAGCAACCUAAAGAAGGCUGGGGGAUCUGAGACAUGGGCCUUCAAUCUCCAAGGUGCAGUUGAAAUGUUCAGUUCUUACAGGGAGAAAAGCUUUUGGUCCCUGUUGGAGCACCCACCCGAAGGGCUACAGAUUGCCAUUGUCCGUGCAGAAAACAGUGACAGAUGGUCACCAGAUGUGGUUCAGCGUCUAGAAACCCUUGCUAUGAAGAAGAGGAAUGGAUCUGGGGGGAUUGUUUCAGUUCACGUUCUUCCAAACUCUGGUCAUUGGGUCCAUGUGGACAAUCCAAGGGGCCUGCUUGAAAUCAUGGCUCCCAAUAUUGUAUGCAGUUCUUGAGUGGAGUGUAUCCAGUUCCCAAUUAUUGGCGAUGGAAAGCAAUUAUCUGCUCUGCAAUUUUUUCAGAAAUACUACUGAAUUACUUUUAGCCAUUUGGAUGAUCGUUUCGUCUGUUU